UCCAUUUUGUCUGAAGCAGUCCCCGAUACCUGUCAAAGAGUCCCGGGGAGAAGGUUGAGAGUGCUUUUCCCCGCCUCGCAGCCCGUGGUGGGAGCCUCCAGUGGUGCUCACAGCGCACACGUGGGAUUGAAGCUCGGACUCGCCACCAGACCCGCCCAGGACCGGAACAGGGACCGCCAUUCCUGCAGCGGCUUCUGCUCCCGCCCGGCUCCGACUACGGAGUGCAAUGCAGGCGCCGGUGCUGAGGAGACGGGCUGAGGUUGGAGUCUCCUUUGAGGACAUUGCCCUGUACUUCUCCAGGGAGGAAUGGAGCCUCCUUGAUGAGGGUCAGAGACAGCUGUACCUGAAUGUGAUGCGGGAGAACUUUGAACUUAUAUCCUCGCAGGUCUUGGGAAACAUUUUCCACUUGACUGAGCUGCAGGGAAUACAACGCAGACAGAUACUGUUGAGGUGCGGGGCGUGUGCACAAGGAUUUUAUUUCAGUACAAAAUUUCACCUGCAGCAUGUGAGAGAGCAGACUUUCAUUAAAGGUGUGGACAGGAUCUCACUUGCAAACAGCUGCAAUUUCCAGGUAUCUCAAAAUCAUGUCACCUGUGGGGAGGUGGUGCAGGGUGUCCUUACCGAGUCAGGACAUCUCCACCUAAAGGCUACUCAGACCAGUGAUAGGCCAGAAGAUAUUUUGAAAUGUGGGGUGAACUUUCAAAGUGGAGAAGAAUAUAACAAGGUCAUUGGCUGCAAUCACACGUUUAUUCAGGACAACUGUGUCCAUGCUGGAAGUCAGUGUUUUCCAUGCUAUGAAUGUGGAAAUCACCUUACCCAAUUUUCUAGCUUUUAUGAACAUGGAGAAAAGCCUUACAAAUGCAGUGAAUGUUGGAAAUCUUUUACGACGAUGCAUAGCCUUCAUUGUCAUCAGAGAUUUCACACUGGAGAAAGGCCUUAUGAGUGCAGUGAGUGUGGAAAUUCUUUUACCAGUAGCACUGCCCUUCGUCGUCACCAGAGACUUCACACUGGAGGAAAGCCUUACAAAUGCAGUGAAUGUUGGAAAUCUUUUAAGAGAAUUGAAAGCCUUCACUGUCACCAGAGAUUUCACACUGGAGAAAGUCCUUUUGAGUGCAGUGAAUGUGGGAAAUCUUUUACUAGGAGCAAUGCCCUUUGUCGUCAUCAGAGAGGUCACAGUGGGGAAAAACCUCAUAAAUGCAGUGAAUGUGGGAAAUCUUUUGCCACUAGCAGUGAGCUACAUCGUCAUCAGAGAGUUCACACAGGAGAAAAGCCUUAUAAAUGCAGUGAAUGUGGGAAAUCUUUUACAAGAAUUGAUAGCCUUCAUUGUCACCAGAGAUUUCACACCAGAGAAAGUCCUUAUGAGUGCAGUGAAUGCGGGAAAUUUUUUAUCAAGAGCAGUGGCCUCCAUUAUCAAAGUUUUCACACUGAAGAAAAGCCUUAUACAUGCAGUGAAUGUGGGAAAUCUUUUACCAGGAGCAGUGAUUUUCAUCUUCAUCAGAGAGUUCACACUGGAGAAAGGCCUUAUGAGUGCAGUAAAUGUGAGAAAUCUUUUACCACUAGCAGAUACCUUCUUUGUCAUCAAAGAGUUCACACAGGAGAAAAGCCUUAUAAAUGCAAUGAAUGUGAGAAAUCUCUUACCAGGAGCGAUCAUCUCCUAUAUCAUCAGAGAUUUCACAGUGGAGCAAGCCAUUAUGAGUGCAAGUAAUGUGAGAUAUCAGCAAUUUUUAAAAAUUAUCUCUGCAUAAAAGAGUCAAAUUAUGCGAAAUUUCUUAGAUGUGUGGAAAAUGUUCCUUAGUUCAGUCUUAGCAAUAGUAUUAGAAAAUUUGUGAAGUCUCAUCAAUCUGAAUUGUAGCUCGUACAUUUAAUCACCUGCAUUAUGUAAAGUCCUCUCAAGUGACUUUGUUGUUGUGUUUUGUUUGUUUUUAUGUUGGUAUCAUAUGAUAUGUAUCUAUGUUACACUUUCUAACAUACAGAGACAUGUAGCCAGAUCUAUGUCACUGCAUAUUUCUGUUGCUGAAGGUAUUUCACCUGAACCACCUAUAAGGUCCCUACAGAUGGCAUCAGUCACCAUCCUGCUGUGCCCAGGGAUGCU